AUGGCCACCCCCUCCUUGGAAGCGACAAUGACAAUGCCCCUCCGAGUGAUCCAGCAGGUUCGCCCGUCCAUCUGGAUGCCCUUAGUCUUCCUCGCGCUGCUGGUGAUCGGUACCUACGUCGUCUCCACCAUCCGCUACCACCUCGUUCUUCGCCAAUAUCGCGCCCACCCCGUGUCCCCACAUGGCCAAAAAGCGCUGGGCGUUCUCCCGACUUUGCCACUUCCCUACAUGCUCCCUUUUGUUGGGCACAGCCUGGGAUUCCUCAUGAGUGCGCCCGGCGCCUUCUGGAAGCGCCUCGGGAAGGCCCUACCGGCGGCAGCGGGCGGUGCCUGUCGCCUGAUGAUCGCCGGGCGACAUGACCAACACGUCCUGCUCACGCCCGCCAGCAUGGCUGCGGUGACGAACAACCGCACCCUGGGCCGCCAUCUCGUCUCGCGCGAUGUGGCGGUAUACGCUUUGGGCGUCGAGAUCCGGGACGCGAAUCACAGUUCUCUCCGCACGGACAAGGGCCGGACUCCAGAGGAGGAGAUCUUUGGCGAGCAUCUGCUGCGUGCCGACCGCACCGCCGAACUGAUAACCACCUUCACUCCAGAGCUACGCUCUGUGCUUACGAAUCCGGCCUUUAAUAUAAACGGUUCGGAGGAAACAAGCGGCAGCGAAGUCGCCCGAGAAGUUUCUCUCUGUGAAUGGCUUUGGCCGCAAGUCUUCCAUGCCUCGACCCUGACAAUCAUGGGACGCGACCUUCUAAGCAUGAACCCAACAUUACCAGCAGAUUAUGAGGCGUUCGAAGAAGCCUUCGCGGAACUGCUCUGGGGUUUGCCCCGUUGGUUGGCACCCAGGGCGCACCGCACACGGGACAAAAUCCUGGCCAGUGUGGAAGGGUGGCUGGCGAGCGCCCUGGUGGCCACAUCAGGCGAGAUCCCGGAUCCGGUCAAAGGCCCUGCGUGGGAACCACACUUGGGCUCCCGCGUAGUCCGCGCGUUCGUUCGUCGCCAGCUUGACUAUGGCAUGACGCCGCACCGUAUGGCCCCGUCUAGCCUAGGCUUGCUCCUCGCUGUCAACACGAACACGGUGGUUGCGACGCUGUGGAUACUCAUGCACCUCGUCGAUCGAACUGACCAAGACCAGACAUUACUGCCCCGGGUACGGGCCGAGGUGGACAGCGUGCCAGUAGCCGCAGACGGCACUCCAGACGUGAAGCGUCUGACGGAGCUGCCGCUACUACAAAGCGUGUAUGCCGAGGUGCUGCGGCUCUACGUCGACAUAAUCAUUUUACGAUAUCUAGAGACCGACCUCACCCUGCCGAUCGGGCACGGCGGCGAUGGGACGCCGCAAGUGCAGUUGCCCAAGGGUGGUGUUCUGCACGUGCCGACCUGGUCGGUGCAUCACGAUCCCGCAGCAUGGCCGGGCGUGGUACCGCCAGAUGAGUUCGAUGCAGAGCGCUUUUUAGUGCCAGAUGAGAAAGGGGAAAUGACGUUUUCAUUGGGGAGCAUGCCGGGCCGCUGGGCGCCGUAUGGCGGUGGUAAACCAAUGUGUCCCGGGCGCUUCUUUGCGAAACAGGAGAUCUUCGUGACCGUGGCGACACUGUUACGCAUGUACGAUUUUGAGAAAGUAGGAUACCUUGACGGGAAGGGGAAACGGACAGACAAGUUCCCGGGUGUGAAGUCGAGGCUGGCCGGCGGCGGCACGUUGCGACCAGAUGGUGACCACCGUGUGCGAAUGGAGAGACGUAAGUAA